ACCUAACAAUGAUACUCUAAUUGAUGCUAUUGAUCAAUCUUCAAUAUGGUACUGCAACUCUUUCAAUAAUAACUUAUGUUUUAUGGAUCUCAUAAAAGGAAUCGUCUUCUCAUCAUUUUCAUCCUCAAUCACUUCCGUCACCAACAAUAAACAACUCACUCAAG